AAGUGAACCGGAGAGUUUUUCCGCUGCCCGUGACAGCUGUGGUUAGCUGCGCCUGCGCAGGGAGCUGUAGCCCGGAAGUACUUCUACAUUGCCCGUACUCCGGCUGCUGGAAUUAGCCCCUGCAUGCUGUUGUUGAAGACGGUUCUUCCCUCAACCCUCACGACAGCUCUUUUUCUUUCUACGCCACCAUGUCCCGAGGCUCUAGCGCCGGGUUCGAUCGGCAUAUUACUAUAUUCUCCCCCGAGGGGCGUCUCUACCAAGUAGAGUAUGCAUUUAAGGCCAUAAACCAGGGUGGCCUUACAUCAGUCGCUGUUCGUGGAAAGGACUGUGCAGUUGUUGUCACACAGAAGAAAGUACCUGACAAGCUACUGGAUUCUAACACAGUGACUCACUUAUUCAGAAUAACUGAAAACAUUGGAUGUGUAAUGACAGGAAUGACAGCUGACAGUAGAUCCCAGGUGCAGAGAGCCCGCUAUGAAGCUGCAAACUGGAAGUAUAAGUAUGGCUAUGACAUUCCAGUGGAUAUGCUGUGUAAAAGGAUUGCAGACAUUUCUCAGGUCUACACACAAAAUGCUGAAAUGAGGCCUCUUGGCUGCUGCAUGAUUUUGAUUGGCAUUGACGAAGAAAACAAUCCUCAGGUGUACAAGUGUGAUCCAGCAGGAUACUACUGUGGGUUUAAGGCCACAGCUGCAGGAGUCAAACAGACAGAAUCAACUAGCUUUCUUGAAAAGAAAGUGAAGAAAAAAUUGGACUGGACGUUUGAGCAGACAGUGGAGACAGCAAUAACCUGCCUCUCUACUGUUUUGUCCAUUGACUUCAAACCUUCUGAAAUAGAAGUAGGAGUUGUUACGCUUGAUAAUCCUAAAUUCAGGAUCCUUACAGAAGCAGAGAUUGAUACACACCUUGUUGCUCUAGCAGAGAGAGAUUAGCUGUAUUUAGAAUUCCUUAUUCUGUGACUUCAGGCCAGAAUGUCUGGUGCAAACAAACUUCUUAAUGGCUCUGGAUUAUGGGCUGAAAAUGGAAUGCUCACUGUCUGAUGUAUUUUACUCUGUACGAAUAAAACUGAGGUUUUCAAA